CGGCAGACGGUGGAGCACGGCUUCCCCAGCCAGCCCAGCGCCUUGGCCUACGACCCUGUCCUGCGUGUGAUGGCCAUCGGCACCAAGGCUGGAGCUGUGAAGCUAUAUGGCGCGCCAGGCGUGGAGCUGACGGGCUUGCACAAGGAGACAGCCACUGUCACCCAGCUGCACUUCCUCCCUGGCCAGGGCUGGCUCCUGUCCCUGCUGGAUGACAACACGCUGCACCUCUGGGAGGUGUGCCAGAAGGAUGGAUGCUCCCACCUGGAAGAGACCCACAGCUUCGGCCUCCCGGGACGCCCAGGGUGCUCUCCUGGCAUCACCCGGGUGACAGUGGUCCUGCCCGCAUCCUCCUGUGCAGUGGCCUGCCUGGGUACCGAGGGUGGUGCCGUGUAUUUCCUCGCCCUGCCCACGCUGGUGCUGCUGGAGGACAAAACCCUCUUCCCGGAUGAGGUCCUGCAGAGUGUGCCCGAUGAGUAUCGCUGCGGGAAGGCGCUGGGACCGGUGGAGUCCAUCCAGGAGCAUCCGCGCGACAGCGGCCGGCUCCUCAUCGGGUACAGCCGGGGGCUGGUGGUGCUUUGGGAGCAGAGCACACGUGUGGUCCAGCACCUCUUCCUUGGGAACCAGCAGUUGGAGAGCCUGGCUUGGGAGCAGAGCGGGAAGAGCAUCGUCAGCUCCCACAGUGAUGGGGGGUACAUGGUGUGGGCCGUGAGUGGUGCCGGACAGAAGAGCCAGCAGCCCGUCAUGUCCACCAUCCCCUAUGGUCCAUUCCCUUGCAAAGCCAUCAGCAAAAUCCUGUGGCGGACCUGCGAGUCGGGGAACCCCUUCAUCAUCUUCAGCGGGGGGAUGCCGCGGGCCAGCUAUGGGGACCGGCACUGUGUGAGCGUGCUGCAGGGCCAGACCCUGGCCACGCUCGACUUCACCUCCCGUGUCAUCGACUUCUUCACCGUGCACAGCCCCGAGGUGCCCGAGGGAGGCUUUGAGAAUCCCCGUGCCCUCGUGGUGCUGGUGGAGGAAGAGCUGGUGGCCAUCGACCUGCAGACCCCGGGCUGGCCGACCAUCCCUGCCCCGUACCUGGCGCCGCUCCACUCCUCCGCCAUCACCUGCUCCUGCCACGUCUCCAACGUGCCCCUCAAGCUUUGGGAGAGGAUCAUCAGUGCCGGCGAGCAGCAGAGCCCCCGGCUCUCCUCUGCGGCUUGGCCCAUUGAUGGGGGGAAGAACCUGGCGCAGGAGCCUACGCAAAGGGGGCUUCUCCUCACGGGGCACGAGGACGGCACGGUGCGGUUCUGGGAUGCUUCAGGGGUCUCCCUGAAGCCCCUCUACAAGCUGGGCACCGCCAGCAUCUUCCAGACCGACUGCGAGCACAACGACAGCCUCAACCAGGCGGGCGAGGAGGAGUGGCCGCCCUUCCGCAAGGUGGGCUGCUUUGAUCCCUACAGUGACGACCCACGCCUGGGGGUGCAGAAGAUUGCUCUGUGCAAGUACACGGCCAAGAUGGUGGUGGCUGGGACAGCGGGGCAGGUGCUGGUGAUGGAGCUGAGCGACGAGAAGUCGGAGCACGCCGUGAGCGUGGCCACCGUGGACCUGCUGCAGGACCGCGAGGGCUUCACUUGGAAGGGCCACGACCGGCUGGCCCCAAGGAACGGCCCCUUGCCCUUCGCCCCUGGCUUCCAGCCCAGCGUCCUGGUGCAGUGCGUGCCCCCCGCCGCCGUCACCGCCGUCACCCUCCACUCCGAGUGGAACCUCGUGGCCUUCGGCACCAGCCACGGCUUCGGGCUCUUCGACUAUUACCGCCGCAACCCCGUCCUGGCCAGGUGUACGCUGCACCCCAACGACUCCUUGGCCAUGGAGGGGCCCCUGUCCCGCGUGAAGUCCCUCAAGAAGUCCCUGCGGCAGUCGUUCCGCCGCAUCCGCAAGAGCCGGGUGUCGGGCAAGAAGAGGCUCAGCACCGGCAGCCCCUCCAGCAAGGUCCAAGAGGCCAAUGCUCAGCUGGCGGAGCAGGCAGGGCCCCCCGAGGUGGAGAUGACGCCGGUGCAGCGCCGCAUCGAGCCGCGCUCCGCCGAUGACUCCCUCUCCGGGGUCGUGCGGUGCCUUUACUUCGCUGACACCUUCCUCCGAGACGCUGCCCACCAUGGCCCCACGAUGUGGGCAGGGACCAACUCGGGCUCGGUGUUUGCCUACGCCCUGGAGGUGCCGUCGCAGGAGAAGUUCUCGGAGCGGGCGGUGGAGGCGGUGCUGGGGAAGGAGAUCCAGCUCAUGCACCGUGCGCCCGUGGUGGCCAUCGCGGUGCUGGACGGGAGGGGGAACCCCCUGCCUGAGCCCUAUGAGGUCUCGAGGGACCUGGCCAAGGCUCCUGACAUGCAGGGGAGCCACUCCAUGCUCAUCUCCUCUGAGGAGCAGUUCAAGGUGUUCACCCUGCCCAAAGUGAGCGCCAAGACCAAGUUCAAGCUGACGGCCCACGAAGGGUGCCGGGUGCGGAAGGUGGCCCUGGUGAGCCUGGCGAGCGCCAGCUCCGAGGAGCGGCUGGAGAACUGCCUGGCCUGCCUCACCAACCUGGGCGACAUCCACAUCUUCACCGUGCCCAGCCUCCGGCCGCAGGUCCACUACGGCUGCAUCCGCAAGGAGGACAUCAGCGGCAUCGCCUCCUGCGUCUUCACCAAGCACGGGCAGGGUUUCUACCUGAUCUCACCAUCCGAGUUCGAGCGCUUCUCGCUGAGCGCCAGGAACGUGACGGAGCCGCUGUGCCGGCUGGAGGUCGCCCGGCUCCAGGACACCUCGUGCCUCAGCAACAGCUCGAUGGCAACGCCGAAGCUGCCGCAAGCCAACGGUACCCACGUCCCGCGCAGCCCCGAGGGACCGCGCUCCCCCACCAACAGUGACCGGUCCCCUGAGGAGCACCCGGCCGCCUUCUCGCCCAGCUCCAUCGACUCCCCCAACAGCAGCAUGGAGAACCCGCUGGACACCACCGGGGACAUCACCGUGGAGGAAGUGAAGGAUUUCCUGGCAUCCUCAGAGGAAGUGGAGAGGAACCUGAGGAACGCCAGCGAGGACGAGGCCCGGCCCACGGGGAUCCUCAUCAAGUGAGGGCUGUGUCCCCCGCAGGCAGCGCCAGCCUCCCUGACCCAUCUCAGUGCUCGGAUUCCCGGGAUGUGUGACUCGACUGGACCCCCCCGAGCCCCCUCCCCAUGUAACGUAGACUCGUCUCUUCUCUAACACCCACCCGCUCCCCCUCUGCCCGGCCCCGGUCCCGGUCCCCUCCGGGCUCCGUGGUGCACAGGACUCUUCCCUGGGGCAGCAGGGGAGAUCCCGUUCCUUUUUGUACACGCUCCAUGGCUCCAGAGCCCCCUUCCCGGGGGGAUGCUGCUGCUUCCCCGGCUUCACGGGGAGGGCUGGGGCUUGUGGACACCCCCCCUCAUCCCCUGGUUUUGGUCCAUUGGGAAAGUGGGGGGCCGGGAGCCCCCGGGCAGGGCCCUCCCAUCCCCUGGUCUGUGUUUACAUGCCCGGCUCCCUGCAGUUUACAGCCCCAUCCUCAGCCUGCAGCAGGCUCCAUGGGACACCCCGUUCCCAGGGGCUCCCAGUGUGGACCCCAUUGCUCCAAGGUGGGCACUGGAAGGCUUAAGCAGCCUGGGGUGCUGGGGGGGGGGGGGGGUCACAGGUGGCCUUUUUCUCUUAGUGGCUUCUCCAAGGGCUAUUCUCCAGGUUGGGCUCGGUGCCUGCUGCUCCUUUGACACUAAUUCCUGCCACGGGUGGGGUUGGGAUGGGACGGCGCUGCGGGAACACACCGGCUCCUGGUCCAUGCUGGUGCUGGGAGGGGGGGGAUACGGAUGGAAUACGGGGGUACCCCAACCCCUUCUGCCCCAACCCAGGGGUCUCACUGUGCCAAAUCCCCCCCUGGGCUGCCCAGCCCGGCCUCAUCCUCACAGGGGGCUGCGGUGAUGCUGGCUCUGGUCCAUAGCGCCUGUCCCUAUGUGGCUCCAGGGCUCAGCCUGGUACUUCCCCUCUCCUUUAGGGGAUGUGGGGGCAUUUUGGACCCCCCCCCCAAAGGCUCUCUUGCGGUACAUGUGUGGCUGGGGGGGGGCCGGGAAGGCUCUGUCGGGGCUGUAGCGUCCUUGGUAGAACCCCCCCCACACCUCAUCCUUCUGUUUGUUUUUUUUUGGUAAGAUGAAUUUAGCAUUGUUUAGUUAUUAAAAAUACUGGUUUUUAAUAUUGAAAAUAAAGCAUUUAAUAUCAA